AUGAAACUAAACCCGGUGAAGUUCAGAUUCGCGGUUACCUCGGGAGAGUUCCUCGGCUACCUGGUAACUCACCGAGGCAUCGAAGCAAAUCCUAAGCAGAUCAACGCAUUAAUCGAGAUGCCCUCUCCAAGGACGAAGCGAGAAGUUCAAAGGCUCACAGGAAGGGUCGCUGUACUAAACAGAUUUAUUUCCCGCUCCACCGACAAGUGCCUGCCUUUCUACGACACCCUUCGAGGAAAUAAGAAGUUCGAGUGGGACGAGCGAUGCGAUACAGCUUUCCAGGAGUUAAGGAGUUAUCUGGCGAGCCCGCCGAUCUUGGCGAAACCAGUUGAAGGAGAGCCCCUCUUCCUCUACAUCGCCGUAUCUGUUACGGCUGUGAGUGGGGUGUUGAUAAGGGAAGAGCAAUCCGAGCAAAAACUCAUCUUCUACGUCAGCCAGACACUGACCGAUGCUGAGACCCAUUACCCCCAGAUCGAGAAGGUUGCCCUAGCCAUUGUAGUAUCAGCUCGCGAGCCGCGUCCGUAUUUUCAAUCACAUUCGAUCGUUGUGCUCGCUACACUUCCGCUGCGUUUGAUCCUGCACAGCCUGAGCCAAUUCGGGCGGCUCGCCAAAUGGGCCAUAGAGUUGAGCGAGUACGAUAUCGAAUAUCAGAAUAGGUCGUCUGCGAAAUCACAAGUGCUCGCAGAUUUUCUCAUCGAACUUCCGGCCGAGGCGACGACCAAGCCAACCCCAAACGAAGUAUGGACGCUGCACGUCGACGGCUCGUCAUCUAAACACGGGUCGGGAAUAGAAAUCCGUCUCACCUCUCCCACCGGGGAAAUAUUGGAGCAGUCUUUUCGUCUGAACUUCCACGCCUCGAACAACAAAGCACAAUACGAAGUACUAAUCGCUGGCAUACGAUUGACACAGGGAAUCGGAGUUCAAAAGAUAAGAGCCUUUUGCUAUUCACAGCUUGUAGCAUGCCAAUUCAACGGAGAGUACGAGGCGAAGGAUGGACGAAUGGGAGCUUACCUCAAAGUGGUCCAAGAUUUGGUGCAAAAGUUCGACGAGUUUGAGCUCACACGAAUACCCCGAGGUGAAAACACCUCGGCAUAUGCCUUGGCAGCACUUGCUUCGACUUCAGACCCAGACCUCCGACGAACAAUUCUAGUCAAAUUCAUCGAACGUCCUAGCAUCGCAGAAGUAGAAGGAGUUCGGCGGAUAAAUCCUCCUGAGCAGGAACCAGAGAGCGGCGAAAAAAGCCCUAUGGAUGAAGACGCCUCACCAGCCGAGCUGGAGUACGGCUGCGACCAAGAAUGGCUCGGAGCCAUCCGAGUAUAUAUCGCCAAUGAAGAAGUACCAUCCGACAAGUGGGAAGCCCGCAAAUUAAAAGCUCAGGCCGCGCGAUAUGUCCUCGUCGACGACGAGAUGUUUAAAUGGAGAUUUUUAGGACCGCUCAUAACAUGCGUCGAGAGACCGAAGGCAAGAAAAAUAAUGCACGAAGUGCACAGCGGCGCGUGCGGAAACUAUUCUAGCGGAAGGUCACUCGCGAUCAAGAUAAAACGGCACGGUUACUUCUGGUCUACGAUGGUCAAGGACUGCGAGAGGUUUACGGCGAAGUGCGAGAAAUGUCAAUGGCACGCGCCUACAAUCCACCAACCUACCGAGCUGCUGUCAUCGAUCUCAUCACCUUAUCUUUUCAUGAGAUGGUCGAUGAAUAUAGUCGGACCUCUACAUCGAUCGAAGCAGAAGCGCUUUCUGCUCGUCCUCACGGAUUAUUUUUCUAAGUGGGUCGAGGCCGAUUCCUACGCGAGCAUAAAUGACGCUCAAGUCGAAAACUUCGUCUGGGAAAACAUCAUCUGCCGACAUGGGGUCCCCUACGAGAUAGUCACCGAUAACGGAUCCCAGUUCAUCUCAACGCGCUUUGAAGCUUUCUGCGAGAAAUGGAAAAUUCGUUUGAGCAAAUCUACGCCAAGUUAUCCCCAAAGGAACGGACAAGCCGAAGCAGCCAACAAGACAAUCCUAGACGAUCUAAAAAAGAGGCUUGACGCCAAGAAAGGACGAUGGGCAGACGAGCUCGAAGGAGUCAUUUGGUCGCAUCGGACAACUCCGCGCCGAGGUACUGGAGAAACUCCAUUCGCUCUAGUCUAUUAG